AAUUUGGCGGUUAAAUUUUCAAAGCCCGUGUGACAGAUAACCUCCAACAAUCUGACAGAUUAUUAUUUACAAUGCUGGGCACCGCCGGAAUAACCGCCGUACACGUUAAGAAACUUGGCCACGCUAUCGAUGAGAUACGCCUGCGAGCUUUGGAUAAUAUUAUCUCCAAGUACGAUUUAGGUUUCGCGUGUGACUGCGAUGCUGUCAAAAGAGAGAUAAUCCAAAGGCUGUUCAAUUGGUUUUCGUUCGAGACUGCGCCGCAGCCAGAGAAAGUACUGAAUUUGUUAUUGCGACUGUCAAAGGCAGACGUAAAGAGUUACUUGAAUGCAUUUGGCAAGUUAAAGUUCCAAAAUGAACUUUACGAAUUAAGGAGAAAGCUUCCCUCUGAAUGGUAUGCGAAAUUAGAUGAAAUCGAACAAGCCGUUCUGCAUCCAGAAAGGAGUCAGGAUAUUGCUACAGUAUGUUCAGAAUUUGGUAGAUCCAGAAUACAAACACAAGAUCGUAUUAGGUAUACAAAUAAGGACUAUGAAAGGGAAGACUAUAACGAUUUGAAUAGUAUUUUCAAUCUCCCGUCUAUCUUGGACAAUACUAUACCAUUUGAUAUGACACUGGAAAGUGAGAACGGUACACAAGUUUCUAAAACGAUAGAAGGUGGUAUUAAAUGGUUAGUAAUGCCAUGGCAACCACUGGUUACAUCGGAUAGAGGAGUACUCACCGCAGUUGAAGAAGCUCUUAAUAAUGCUGUCGAUAUAAAUCAUAUACUACAUACGUGUCAGUUUAUAACAAAUGUUAUGAUGCAAGAUUUUCCAGCAGAAGUUUUCCUUCAGCGACCAGCAAUAAUUACGAUACUUCAUGGUCUUCUUAAAUCGAGCACUAACAUGUCAGAAACUAAUGUCUCAUGUAUAGUUCCGACUGUGUUAAAGACAUUGCGUAAACUAACUCGUUCUCUAAGGUUCCGCAUUUAUUACUACUGUGAACCGUGUGUGGCGAAUAAGAAGCAAAAAUUAUUGGGUGGCAAGUUAGAUAGCAACGUUUACACAUCCUCGGAAGGUGGAGAUGGUCCAGAUAGUGGUGUACCGGAAGCGAACUAUCAAGCAUAUCAAUCGGCAGGGACUAGCGAUAGAAGUCAGAGUAUCAGCGAAAAUGUCGACGAUUCUGUCUUACAAUUGCAGCAGAUGCUUCUGCCGGUUUAUUGUAUAGAAUCUUUGAAACACGUUCUUACUCAAUUAAGCAUUCCUAUCAAUACCCUUUUUCCUCUACGAAACAUCAAAUAUGUCACAGAUCUAACGCAUGAAUUAGUGCAGCUGUUGACAAUUUGUGUAAUGCCGAAUAUCUGGCUCUGCAACGAUGGUAUGGCCUUAAAGAUAAAUGAUGACUUAAAGGCGUUAUUCAAUUUAAUGGGGGAGGUGAUGGAAUAUUUUGGAAGCUGUAGUAAUGUAGAUCACUUGAGGAUAACGUACUUGUAUCUUACUACCAUUAUUAUGAGAUUAUUGAGCAGUAUCGUGCCAUUAGAGCUAGCGGACGCAGUUAUACCGAAUUCUUUGAAAGAAUCAAUAACAAAUGCUAUAAUGGACGCACCAAUAUAUCUAUUGUACCCAGCAUUGCAUUCUAUGCUUUUAGAAUAUGCUCGUCAAUUUCAGGAUGCUAAUCAGAUAGCACUGAUAAAACUAUUCGAUGAUACUAGAACCGUCGCAAAGUCUAUGCAGUCAGCUAUCUGUAUAUUAAGAAAUUUAUCGGAGCAAUCGCCUUCGGAAACGUUAAGAAUGUUACGUGCGUCUAAAUUGAGUCUGUCGUAUCAUAAAAAUUUAACUGUCGUUAAAACGGCUGUAAAAUUUUUACAAGACAUCCCGAGAUAUUCUUUAAAUGAUGAGGAUCAUGCGUUGGCAACAAAACUGAUAUUGAAUUUAUUAGCAAACGCAGAUGUAGACAUCCGAUAUACCACAUAUGUCGAAUGCCACGUCCUGAUUAAGAGUAUUCUAGGAGUAGAAUAUAGUAAACUAUCGUGGGAAAAUUUGACGUUCCUGUUUGAACCAAAUGUCUUGACAGAAAUCAUUUCUCAUGGCGCAACUAGCGAGGAUAGCAGAAUAAAUGAGAUAUCGAGAGACAUGUUAGUAUUUAUACUGAAAGGAAGAAUACAAAUGGGCGAAACUGGAUGGUUAAAAGCUUUAGAAGCUCUCGUUCCUGUAUUGUAUCUCUUACAGUGUCACGCUGAUACACAUACACCCUUAGGCCAAUGUAUAACUAAAAUGUUUGAUCCUGAUGUUUCCAACAGUAUACAGUUGCCUUUUCUUGAGGUGUUAAAAGGUAAUUUGAGAUUUCUCUAUUCACCAGACAGUGAUAUCCGGGAAGAAGCGUUGUGUCGGUUAAUCUGGCUUCUUGGGAAGGAAAAGGAUUCUGUCCAAAAAUUGCCACGUUUGUCGUCUUUACACGGCUUGCCUCUUAGCUCACUCUGCUUAUUUGAACGUAGAAACUCCAUUAAGCGAUCAGAAGGCAAUUAUCAGAGGAGCAAUAUGUUAUCUGUGCUGGAAAUGUUGAACGAACCAAAUGUCGACCCGAAAAUUCGAAAAUCUGCAUUAGUACAAAUUAGCGUGAUGCUUUCCGACACUUCCUUGCAUAAAUUGUUUAUUAAUCAAGGUGGACUAUCUUUGAUUUUGGAUAUUUUCAAUAAAGCCCUGGUAGAAAAGGAUUAUGUAAAUUACGCAGAUUCUGUGAUACCAAUAAUCAGCAUAUUAAAACUACUCGCACUUUUUGAAUGUACCAUACGACAUGAGUUAUCUCUCAAAACUAAUGUUCUUUUUAGUAUCAUAAGAAGCCUCUUUUUGUUUCCAAACAACGAGUGUGUAAAAUCCGAUGGCGCGCAACUAUUGUGCUUACUACUCUACAGCGAAUAUAUCAUUAGAGUUAACGAAAAAGAUGUGGAAAACAACAUUGCGUCACAUAUCUCGUUGCCAUAUAUUGUUGUGACAAACAUGAAACUGCCGUUCGUGUGCAGAUCUCAUUGGAAGACGAGUAUACAUAGGCGAUCUGAUGUAUCAUUAAUUCAUGGCAGCAAACCAAUAGUCUUAACGUUCAUCAGACAGUAUUGGGCCUGGGAAUGGAACGGCGGCAUAAACAUGUUAUGGAAAUGCUUAGAUGAUUUAAAGGAUUCCGAAAUUGCACAGAAAUUGAUGAUUCUUGAAAAGGAUCUUCUCUCUUUACAAUGCAGUUUUCCACAGUAUUGUUGUCAACAGCAACUCUACAAUAUUCAAAAUUCUACUACGCACUAUAGCGUUAUAUGCGCGUUAGAUUACCUCACAAUGUAUCUGAAAUUUUACAAAGUACUUCAACGUAACGAUGAAAAAGAUAUUGAGUCACUGCCGUGGGAACAAACGUUCGAGCGAUUUUUAUUAUCGCAUCCUACAAGUAAAGAGGACUGUGAUUUAUUCGUGGACGUUCUAAUCUUUUUACAAUUGUAUUUAAAUGUUGCAAAGAAAGGAAAAGGUUCGUGGAUCAGUAGGAUUAUGAAAAACAUGACGAGAUCAUUGGCAGAUUUAUUUAAGAACUUAGAAGUUGACAAUCAGAAUGUACAUCAAUCUAUACUGAAAUUAGUACGUACAUGUUCGGCGAUCGAAAAAAUGCAGAAAUCUAACGACGAACCUAAGAACACCUGGAUACGAUUUGUAGAGUUCGUCGUUUCAACAUUAUGUUUCGGGGAUCAACAGCAUUUCUACAAUCUCGCAUAUCUCGAUUGGCUGUUAACGUGUUUGACGUAUCUGAUCGGGCAAUGCGAAUGGAGAAAUCAUAAAAAUCUACUAUUGUCUCUUUGCAACACGCUUAUCGAGCCGAUCGUGUCCUUUCAUGGUGCUGGUACUGUUAGCUUUAUGGGUUUAUCAAUAACAAGAAACUCGAUAAUAUGUCUUAAUCACUUGUUGCAUCAGAUGCAAAUCAAUUUUAAUAAAAGUUCGUGGAUAGUAUUUUGGUGCGAAGAGGGACGCUCGUUAAGUUGGUUACCCAUGUUAUGGCAAAAUAGAGAUCCUUUGGUUCGCGCCUCGGCUUUACAAUUAUUGGCAGGUCUAAUGAACACAGUACAUACUGCGUCGCAACUCUUCAACGCAAUCGCCAUGGCACCGAGUGACUUGUGUCACACGUUGCUUCAGUGCAUCACAAGCAGGGACGAAUCUUGUUUAGUGAGAGAACAAGCGUGUAUCGCGUUUUGCAACAUCCUCAAAAACUGCAACUCUAUGGCUUUUCAAUGUGAUGAUUCUUUACAACCACAAGCUAUCCUGAUACAUGCCGAGCAAUGCAACAUCUAUCAUGAAAUCAGCAUUCUGUGUUCAAAUAUCUAUACGUCGACGACUUUAGAUGCGGAAGAGUCGGAAUGUCAAGGAAACAACGGCAAAGCAACUAUUGUACAAAGUUUGCAAUCUAGUUGCAUUUCAUUGGUACCGCGCACCGUAUCGCACUUAUACAACUGUCAGGAUGAAUUACAACUCUUUUCCGGCAGAGUUUCGGAAAUAACAGAUGUGGACAAUCCUUUGCAAUCAAUAGCGACGCCUUCGCUCAUUACAGCUGCUUGUAAUUUAUUGAAUAAUUUAAUAUUCGUCGGACAACACGAGGUUGUACGACAAGUCUACGAAUAUUCCAUCGAUAAGUAUUUAUUCGGGUGUUUGACUGAGAUUCCGAAGGAUAUCAGGAGCAGGAAGAGUCUGAGUCAUUAUUCUGAUACGCUGGAAAUGUAUAUCAGCAUCUGCACAGUUUUAACAAAUUGCAUCACGCAUAGCAACGAGUACGCAGCCGUCGUACUCUUUUCCCCGGACUCGCUUUAUAUUCUAUUUUGCUUCUUAAAUAUCGAUUUAUACCAGUCUGCCGAACUGCACCUGAUAUAUCUGCGUAACAGACUUUGGACGGAAAUCUACAACUUCGUGGCUGUGCUUUCGUUAACGGAGGAUCAACAUUUUGAAGCCAUUCAAAGCGCGUUAGAAUUGUGCGGGCCUGAAACGGUCUUGGCUUCCAUUUGUCUUGCGAUAAAGGACUCUACGACAGAUCUGAGAAUGAGCGCCAUUAGUGCUUUAGCUUUUCUACUGUCCCACGAGAUUCAAAAAGAUUCCUUGGGAAGAAGCGGCACCUCUCUAUUACAAACCGUGCUCGAUACUAAUGUGGCGCAUGUCUCGAUCGAAAGCAAAGAUAGUGGUUUGCGAGAUAUCAUAUCGAACGUCAACAAAUUAUCAAUAAGAGACGCGAAUGUGCAUUCCAGAAAAUCAAACGAGAGCGAGAAAGAUUUGCGCACGAAAGACGAUCAGCUACCAGAUCAAGGACAAACUACCAUAGGAGGCGAAUUAUGUGGACUGUUACUGCAUCUUUUCAUCGCUCACAGUUACACGAAAUCCAAAAAGAGCAGCAAACAAUCGGAGGAUAAAGAUCUUAUUGUAGGUGCCCUUACUAAUCUACUGUGCGUGUCGAAGAAGGCAAAGCGAGCGGCGCUACGGGGUAAUCUUCCCGAGACCGCGUUGAUGAUCCUAAAAGAAUUGUAUGUCAAGCUGAAUCUUCAACCGUUUGAGCUUUAUAAGAAGCAAGCGGAGAAAAAGACUCAUCCUUUGUUGCACGAUGUGAAUUGUACCUUCAUACUUCUGAUGAACUUCAUGUGCGGAGAUGUAUGUGUUAAAGAAACCCUGACGAAAGAGGGCUUAGCGGACGUGGUGCACAAGUUAUGGGCCUGGAUAGCGUUAAAUAAAACAGUGUCAACGUCUGCUUUAAAAUUGCUCGCGACAUUCACAACGAAAUGUAACGUUGCCGCACAGUCUUUAACAUUAACGACGAUAUUACCGGGAAGUGGAUUGAGGAAAACGCCGAAUACGCUCGCGCUGAUACAUGUCGUCAUACAAGUAACGUGCAAAGAAAUUGAAAGGGCCGGUCAAAUUUUCGAUAAUCACAAGAUGCACUUCGCCUUCCACAUUCUGCGAAAUGCGGUGCACGUUCACGAGUGUAGAGUCUGCAUUUCGAAGAGUAAUCUUCUCCAGCUUUUUACCAAGAUACAUCCCACCAUCACCAAACGGGUGAAACCGUGGCCAUUAGUGGAAAUAUAUUGUCUAGAAUUUUUAAUAGAUUUUACUUAUUACGAGGAGGGACAGUUAUGCGUACCAAAGGCCACCGAUGCUCUGGACGUUUUAAUGCACUUAGCAAAAUGUUCCUCGUCAUCGAGCAAAGUUCUCGCAAUAUCGAUAUUACGCAAUUUAGCGUUCAACAUAGCAAACAGACCUCGGCUUCUUAGUUCAGUGGAUUUCAUCAAUCUGCUGCACGACGUCUUCAAGAAUGGAUCACCAUGCGAGAUCAAUCUAGCUGGAUCCAUGCUGUGGUCUCUGAUCAGCAACAACCAAAAAGGAAAGCUUAUCGCGCGAAGCGCCGGGUUCUCGCAGAGCAUUCGGGAAGCCCUCGGCAGAUUUACGUUGUCGAGUAUCGACGCCAGUAAACAGGAGCAGGAACUGGUCAAGGUUCUGCAAUACGUGCUCACCAUUCUCAGUCCAGUCGAAAUGAAGAAUGUUGACGCGCAACCUAGUUGAUAUUUUGACGAAUGACCAAAUGUUGUACAUACUAAUUUCUGACCAACGUUAGCUUGUAAAAUAAUUCAAUCAUGUAAUAUUUUUUUAUAUACGAAAUAUUGUAUAGUUAUAUUGGAGUAUGCAUUUUGAAGUGCUGCUGUUAAUACAAACUGUCAGUGUAGAUAUACACACUUUUUGAACAAGUGUUUAAGUGUCAUUA